AUGAUGAAGAAGACAACACGUGUCAAGCCGCCGGGUCUUCGUUACGAGUUGAAAUUUCUCUCGGGAAAAUUCGAAAAUCAUCAAUUUCGUCCAGUGACAGAGAGUUCGACCAGUUUACGAUUAGUGUAUGUGGUCGGUUCGUGGAGCGGAGAGGACGUUCGUCGGACGAAAAAGUUCACAACAGUCUUUCCGUCAAGCUUAACUUCCUUCGUCGCCGUCCCUCUUUCCUUUCCGGUGCGAUUUCUUGCCUUCUUUUUUUUAUUCUCUUAUUCUAUAAUUCCUGUAUUUUCCCCACUCUCUCUUCUUCAUUUAAUCUAUCACCUACUUUCUCUCUUCAUUAUUCUAUCUCUCUAUAAUUCCCUCUCUCUCAUGUCAUCUUGUUCUCUAUUCCUUAAUCUUAUCUUUCCUUUAUUAUCGAUUCUUCUUUUUCAUUCACUGUAUUUGAAUCUCGCGUCUCUUUCUUUUAUUCACUCUUUUAUUUGUUGUUUCCUGUUCUCUCUCUCUCUCUCUCUCUCUCUCUCUCUAUCGACCCACCCUCUUAUUAUCUUUGCCUUAUUCAAUAUUCGCUGUUUCUCAUCUGUCUUGUAUUUUCUUAAUUCAAAUCUCCUUUUUUUCGCUGUCUGUUAUUUUCUCUCUCUUUUUCUCUUUUAUUCUCGGCGUCUUAUCCUCGUUUUCUCUUCUCUCUAA